AUGACUGACGUAAAUAUUUCUAUCAAUAAUCCUUCAACUACAACACUUCAAAUUUCAGUGGAAAAAACAAAGAAGAUUUCAUUUUUUAAAAUUGGUGGUCUACUUUUGGUGGCUAGUGUUUUAAUCGUGUAUUUGUAUCAAGUUAGAACAGAAUUAUUGAAUUAUGGGAUGUGGUGUUUAAUAGGACUUUUUGUGUAUUCAAUUUAUAAAUUUUUAACUUCAAUUAAUAAAGUUACUAUUAUUGCUGACCAAUCUAAAGGAAUUGAGUUGAUUAAAGAGUCAACAUCUAUUCCAUAUUCUAAUAUUGAAUUUAUUCCAAAAGAGGUAUUGAAUAACGUAAUAAUUCAUGAACAAAUUCAAAUUUUUGUAGUAGAAACUUAUCUUGCUUUAACAUUCAAAUCUAAAAACGUUAAAUACAUUACAAAAUUCCCUCCUUUAAAACCAAUAUUUUAUGAAUUCAAUUUAUCUAUUAAACAAAAGCAACUCAUUUAUCAAUCACUUCAUCAAUUUUUAAAAACAAUGAAUUAA